AUGGGUGUACCCAAGCUUUUUAAAUGGCUCAAAGAUAGAUAUCCGCUGAUCUCACAAUCAGGUCUUGGGGCUUCUUUGAAAUCAUCAGGGAUCUUGCCAGCAAUUGAUGACCUUUUCAUUGAUGCAAACUCUAUCAUUCAUUCGUGCACACAUCCAGAGUAUGGGUCGCUACCCAAGUCUGAAGCUGAGAUGUUUUACCGAAUUGGAAAGGAGCUGGAUACCAUGGUUGCAAUCGUUGCUCCUCGACGCAUGUUUUUUGUUGCUGUCGACGGGGUCGCUCCUCGUGCAAAGCUCAAUCAGCAGCGCUCGCGUAGAUUCAGGGCAGCUGCAGAGGCCGCCACCAGCGCUGGCGCCGCCGCGACCACCAGCACGGCCAAUGGAGAUGCUCUGAUUGCAGAAAAAUUUGAUCCAAAUUCGAUUACACCGGGCACGCCGUUUAUGGCUCGUCUUUCUGCAUUUCUGAGGUCUUUUCUUCAAUCCAGGCUAAAGGAGGAACUUUAUCCCCCCAAAGUAGUGUAUUCUGGCCAAGAAAUCCCUGGCGAGGGAGAACACAAAAUUAUGGAUGAGAUUAGGUCGCUCACUUCGCAAAAGACGCUCGGCCCAAUUUGCAUUCAUGGCCUUGAUGCUGACCUUAUCAUGCUAUCUUUAGCCUCACAUCAUCGCCAACUGGUUUUGUUGAGAGAACAGCGUCCAUUUCUCCAGCGGUAUGGGAGUUCCCUAAAAAAGGAGCGCCCGAUGCCAGAAAGUCUUGGCGAAAUGACCUUUGAUGUGCUUCAUAUUUCCAUCCUUAGAGAUUACUUGAGGCUCGAGUUCUCGUGCUCAGCUGAAACCCAAAAUUUAAACGAGGAGGAGGAAAAAAAAGUGGCGUCCGAUUUUGUGGUGCUGGCAAUGCUGGCGGGAAAUGAUUUUGUGCCGCACCUCCCAGGGUUCCACAUUGAUAAGGGUUCACUGAGUUCAUUGCUUGAUGUGUAUAAAAGCGUUCGAAAACCCGACGAGUAUUUGACGUCACUAGAGUCUUCGCCUCAUAUUUCAAGCAUCAACUGGGGCCUUUUAGCCCGAAUUCUGACAUCCAGUGGACAGGCAUCGCCAUCUUCAUCGCCGCCUAUAAAGGCUGUUAGAGAGAAUUCUCAACACGAGGCUGCAGAGACUUUUAUGGACAACGCAGUCGCCCUCAAGGCAGAUAGUUCUGGUGAAGAAGACUGCGCUGAUGGAUAUAAAAAUUACUAUUCCCAAAAGCUCUCUCUCACCGAUGAGCGGGCCCUGGAGCCUCUUUUUCUUUCAUAUGUCCGCAUUCUUCUCUGGGCUUGGAUAUACUACUACAGGGGUCUUGAUUCGUGGGCUGUAUUCUACCCAUAUCACUACGCACCACUUGGUGGCGACAUUGGGGCGUGGCUUGAAAAAGGUGGCCCACUUGCACACGACAUGCUGGUCCCGGCACAGCUUUGGGGCAUUUCAAACGGCACUCCAUUGAGACCGUUGGAGCAGCUUUUGGCAGUACUUCCGAUAGCCUCUGGGGCUACCCUUUUACCGCAGCCUCUUUUUGAUCUUAUGAGUUCUGAAGCGUUGGCAGAGUGGUAUCCCCUUACGUUUGCGAUUGAUGUGAAUGAAAAAACUCGCUCUUGGGAACACAUUGUUCUCAUACCGUUUAUUGACGAAAAGAAGCUCCUUAGCGCUGUCCGAGGUGUGGAAAACAAACUGACGCCCCAGGAAAAGGCUUUCAAUCGACAGUAUUCACAGCCUUUUAUUUGGAACAAGGGAAUAAAUCAUCCGGCCGCAAGAUGUUGUGAUCCGUCUUUGUGGCCUUCACUGUUCGUGAAAAAUACCGUUUUUUCCGGCUCCACAUGGGGGAGAAUGAGUCCCCGUCGACUUUCACCUUCUCUUCAGCUUUGCCUUUGCGGUGCCUUUUCCCUGGAAGAUGGUGGACAAUAUUGCAUUCAAUGUCUUUUAAACCAAAUCAAAAAAGGCUCUCUUUUUAGCAAUUGGCCAUAUCAUUUGCAUCCGCUCUCAUUGGCACCGAUGAAUGAAACGCAUUUGCGUGUGUUUGGACUGACCGAUGGGAAGGAAAUAUUCUAUGACAGUGACGGGGUUCGACGAAGAGACCUGAGCAUGGCGGAGUUGGAUCUUUUCUCGCUGGCACGGCGUGUAUUUAAUAUGAAAUCGACCAAAAUCGCAUCGGCAUUUUCCAAUGACAUUGAUCCUGGUCUUUAUUUCUUUGGACGGGUCGAAAGAGGCAACAAUGAUGCGCAGGGCUCCCGAAAUCUUUCCGUCAAUGGGGUAGUUAUGAGGACAGGGAAAGACUUUUUUAUCAUUCCGCCAGCUUUGUGUGUUAACUUGAAAACCCCAUCGUGCGCACAUGUCAAUUAUAUUUGGAAAAAAGAGAAAACAAGUGGUACCAACCCCUCUAAUAAGCUGCCAACGGCUAGUUCUAACCCAUAUGACUACUUUGUAAAAUCGUCAACCGCACCAAACGGCCCCAACACCACGCCUGUGAAGAUGAUACCUGAGGUUGAGGAAAAUCCUCACAUCAAGCAGCAUGAUAGAAAGGCACGCAGCCCCGAAUAUAAACUUACCAGAAAGGCAGUCAAUGCAUCUGAUCUAGAGGCCAAAUUAUUGGGGCUUUCCAUGCAGGGCCCGAGGGAAACGCCACCCCCCAGACAGCCUCGAAAGGACAAAAAAGACUAUUUAUGUGAAAAUUUAAAAACGGCUCUUGGAAUCAGCUCAUGUAAACGGAACCACAAAUGA